AUGCAGCAACGGAAAUUACUCUUCCGAGCUGCCCUGAUAUUGAAGGCAGCCAUGUUGGCAUACAGAGAGACUGUAUACGACGUGGAUCUGACCAAGAUUGAGUAUCGAGAUGGAGUCCUGUAUCUCCAUCAAAAUCAAAGACCGGUUUCGUCUCUAUCUAAACGUGGUCCCUUCCCAAACCACAUCACUGACAUUAUCGACCACAAGGAAGCGGCUCUCCUGAAAAGCCAAUCCACAGCAGCCAUGUCACUCUUAGGUCCCUUGACCAGAAAACUCCUUGGAGAGGUAUCCUUGAAAAUCGAGACCAUGGUCGUCAAUAUCGGGAGGCCACGGGUUCCAACUAGGCUUGUUCCUGGUCCUGACUUGUACGGCGGUCCGCACGCGGUUUUGAAGAUAGAACGGAUGGAGAGGAACGAAACAUGGAUCAUCGAUACAACGGGUUGUCAAUAUGGAUUCCGAGAUGUGCUUGUUCCAUUCGCCAAGUACUUUAUUGACAACGAAUGCCGGAUAUUGGACGGCCCUCGGGUUUACGACGCAUGCGAGACAAAGGAGCUAGGCUACUUGUCAACCCUUCAUGUCUUCAACAAGACAAAAGCACAACGGCAAGAUAUGCGACUAGAACGGCUGACCCGUCACCAUUUUGCUGUCUUCAUUUAUAUGAGUGUGCAUGAUAACUUCCUUUUGGACUCUGGCGCCAGCUACAAGGGAAAGAUUGAUCGCUUCGUCAAUGAGCUCAAAACUCACAUGGUUGAUUCUAUGAGGAAGGCAGGUGACAAUUUUGAGGAUUCUGAAGAUGAUUGA